AUGAGCAGCCAAACUAAAGAUUCCAAACCAACCAACAGCCUCACGUCCACCAAACCAACCAGCAGCCUCACAUCCACCAAACCAACCAGCAACCUCACGUCCACCAAACCAACCAACAGCCUCACGUCCACCAAACCAACCAACAGCCUCACGUCCACCAAACCAAUCAGCAGCCUCACGUCCACCAAACCAACCAGCAACCUCACGUCCACCAAAACCAAUCAGCAGCCUCACGUCCACCAAACCAACCAACAGCCUCACGUCCACCAAACCAAUCAGCAGCCUCACGUCAACCAAACCAAUCAGCAGCCUCAAGUCCACCAAACCAACCAGCAGCCUCACGUCCAUCAAACCAACCAGCAACCUCACGUCCACCAAACCAACCAACAGCCUCACGUCCACCAAACCAACCAACAGCCUCACGUCCACCAAACCAAUCAGCAGCCUCACGUCCACCAAACCAACCAGCAACCUCACGUCCACCAAAACCAAUCAGCAGCCUCACGUCCACCAAACCAACCAACAGCCUCACGUCCACCAAACCAAUCAGCAGCCUCACGUCCACCAAACCAACCAGCAACCUCACGUCCACCAAAACCAAUCAGCAGCCUCACGUCCACCAAACCAACCAACAGCCUCACGUCCACCAAACCAAUCAGCAGCCUCACAUCCACCAAACCAAUCAGCAGCCUCAAGUCCACCAAACCAACCAGCAGCCUCAUGUCCAUCAAACCAACCAGCAGCCUCACAUCCACCAAACCAACCAGCAGCCUCACGUCCACCAAACCAACCAGCAACCUCACGUCCACCAAACCAACCAGCAACCUCACGUCCACCAAAACCAAUCAGCAGCCUCACGUCCACCAAACCAACCAACAGCCUCACGUCCACCAAACCAACCAGCAGCCUCACGUCCACCAAACCAACCACAGCCUCACGUCCACCAAACCAACCAACAGCCUCACGUCCACCAAACCAACCAACAGCCUCACGUCCACCAAACCAAUCAGCAGCCUCACGUCCACCAAACCAAUCAGCAGCCUCAAGUCCACCAAACCAACCAACAGCCUGACGUCCACCAAACCAACCAACAGCCUCACGUCCACCAAACCGACCAACAGCCUCACGUCCACCAAACCAACCAGCGGCCUCAAGCUCUCCAAGCUGACACUCUGA